AUGAUUUUGAGGCAGAGCUUCCGCCUGCCCCUGGGCCUCUUUUUGCUUUCAACAUUAUGUCUGUUUACGACUCAGGUCUCUGCUUCCUAUGGAGACCGACUGCCAGAAUUCCAGCGUUGCGUUGAGGUCUGCAAACGAGAGAACUGUGGCAGCGGUCAUGCCUCAACCCACAUCCCCCUCCUCCAUCGCCUGCUCUUCUGGGACUGCCCAACAGAAUGCGACUACACCUGCCAGCACAUCAUCACCGACCAACGCGUCGCCGCCUCCGAGCCGAUCGUGCAAUUCCACGGCAAGUGGCCCUUCUACCGUUUCCUAGGCAUGCAAGAGCCCUUCUCCGUCUUCUUCUCGCUCCUCAACUUCCUCGCGCAUCAGAACGGCCUCUCGAAAGUCACCUCCGACAUCCCUGCCGCCUACACUCUACGAAAAUACUACGUCUACCUCGCGUACUUCGGCAUGGCGAGCUGGGUCUUCAGCAUGAUUUUUCAUACGAGGGAUUUUAAGAUUACGGAGGAAUUGGACUAUUUUGCGGCUGGCGCGAGCGUGUUGUAUGGGUUGUACUAUACGUCGAUUCGCAUCUUUCGUAUGGAUCGGGGAGGGAAGCGGACGAAGUCGAUGUUGAGGGCCUGGACGGGAUUGUGCAUUGCGAUAUAUGCGCUGCAUGUCACGUACCUGAAGUGGUAUGCGUGGGAUUAUACAUAUAAUAUGACGGCGAACGUUGUGGUUGGCGUGAUCCAGAACUUGAUGUGGAGUUGGUUCAGUUUUGCGAAGUACAGGAAGUCGGGGCGCUUCUGGGCGAUAUGGCCUGGUUUGGUGGUUGCGUGGAUUAUAUUGGCUAUGAGUCUGGAGUUGCUGGAUUUCCCGCCGUGGUGGGGUUGCUUGGAUGCGCAUAGUUUGUGGCAUCUGGGAACUGUUGGCCCCACGAUGAUUUUCUAUAAUUUCUUAGUGAAGGAUGCGCAAGACGAUAUGGCAGGAGCACGACUCAAAGCAUGA